GGGUGCGGGGGUGGUGGGAGCCGAUGGAGCCGCGGUGGCACUACCAGUUCCGGGUGAUCAUGCUGGGGGAUUCGACGGUGGGCAAAUCCUCCCUGCUGCGGCGUUACACAGAGGGCGUCUUCCUGGAUGCCGUCAAUCAGACGGUGGGGGUGGAUUUCUACGUCCAGUUCGUGGAGUUGGAGCCGGGGCUGCAGGUCAAGCUGCAGUUCUGGGACACGGCUGGGCAGGAGCGCUUCAGGUCCGUCACCCGCUCCUAUUACCGCAACUCCGCGGGGGCGAUGCUGCUCUUCGACCUCACCAACCGCGCGUCCUUCGAGAGCGUCCGGCGGUGGCACCGGGAGGUGACGGACACCGUGCAGCCUUUCCACGUGGUUUUCCUGCUGGUGGGACACAAAAGCGACCUGGCGGCGGAGCGGAAGGUGGGCAGGAGGGAGGCGGAGCGGUUGGCGGCGUCGUUGGGCGCUCGGUACGUUGAGACCUCAGCCAAAGACGGCAGCGACGUGGAGCGGGCGUUCCGGAUGCUGACCGCGGCCAUUUACCGGGCGCUGCAGAGCGGGCUGCUGGCACCGUGCGAGGCGUGGGAUGGGGUGAAGAGCAGCGUCCCGCUGCCAGCGCCGUGCCCGAAGGACGGCGAGAAGGGGAAGAGGUGCGCGUGCUGAGGAGGGGAUUGGAGGCGCUGGGCUGUGCCGGGGCCGAGCAGGUAGGAGGAGCGCCGAGCGGUGCCGUCAAACAGCCCCGGCUCACCCCGCCGCCUGCCCGUUUUCCUGGGAAAGGGGAGGUGCCGGGGCCCCAUUCCUCCUCCCCCCUCACAACGCGGUUCUCAGACGGCUUGCACAGCCCCUCCCUGCGCCCUCGGGUCCCAAACCCUCUUUACUACCGGGCAGGGAACUCGCUCAGCUCGGUGCCCCGCAGUACGUGGCCGCGCUUUGGGCAGGACCCUGGGAACAGACAGCAGCUCUGCGCCCCAGGAGCUGCCUCUCCCUCCCGAGCUCCAGUCAGACCGGCCUCAGCUGCAUUCACUGCACGCCCGGGGCUCUCCAGCUGGACAGAGCGCUCACGUACCAACAAAGUGGGUUUCACCCACGGGUGCUGACAGCCCUGCAGGCCCAGAGCCCCAGCAGUGAGCUCUGCAGUGAGGUGACGUCCACAACCUCCCUUUCUUCGCAGGUAGCACACAGAGCUGCCCUCUCCCUCCCCACCACAUCCCUUCUUCCCAUCCCAGGCAAACAGAACGCACUCAUUUCAUAUCCUCAGCCCCCCCAUCCCUCCCGCCUGCAUCCAAGCAGAGGCUGAACCUCAUCAGGAGGUCCUGAUGCAGUGAGCACAGGGUGGGCACGGCCCCAUCUGCAGAGCAGAGACCAUCCAACCCUCCCAACUCAGCUCCAAGUCCAGCACGGCUCUCACGCACAGCCGCCAGGCCAACCCCACUGCUGCCUCCUUCCCUUGGCUUUAGAUUAAUAAUUUCUUUAUUCAUGUAAAACAAACGCAAGUAUUUAUAUAAACACUGACAUUACAAAGUACUGGAGCGGGGAGGGGCAGGAAGGAGGAAACAAAAACCUCUACAGAUGCUUCUAAUACUGUCCCACACACACACCAUCAAAUCUCUGUCCCUCGGAUAAUCACUUAUACGAUAAACCACUUUCAAGUCACAAAUAAAAGUCUUUGCUUUGA